AUGAUUCGACGUUACUGUCUAUGGCCACAUACGACGUUAAGGGCAUCUUCAAUUUCUCCCAGUCGUCUUAGCCAUCGCUUGCCAAAUUUAUAUUCGUCAAGCGCGUCGUCAUGGUCACUUUUUGAUCAGCAGACCCAUUCACGUAGCACUAUAGGCCUCUUCUCCAGAGGACUGGCGCGGGUCGCGGCUGUAGCAGAGAAAAGUCUUCCAGAUGAGACGAUUGAUGCGGUUAGGGGUAUUGGUCCACCCAAGACUUUGUUGCCACCAUCUCCUGAACAGCAGGUGGCUAUUGAUACGCUUUUAUAUACCAAAAAGAACGUGAUUGUUGAUGCCUGUGCUGGAUCGGGAAAAACAACAACCAUUCUGCAUCUUGCAAAAUCUGCACCUGGUACCAAAUUUUUAGUAUUGGUCUACAACCGGCGUCUGAUGUUAGAGACACAACAGAGAGUCGAAGAUUUAGGUCUCACCAACGUGACUGUACAGAACUACCACACGCUUGGUGCGAGAUACUACACGUCAGAAUGUGCUACCGAUCAAGGUCUCAAGCGAGUUGUUGAAGAUGACAUGAAUGUUCUCAGUGGCAUGGAACUUCCUGAAUUUUCCGUCUUGAUCUUGGAUGAGCAACAGGACAUGACUCCAAUAUUGAAACGAUUUGUGGAUAAGGUCAUCCGCGACAAAGGAUUUAUCGGGCCUGACCGCCAGCCCAAAACAGAAGAACCGCUGAGAGUCGUCGUUUUGGGCGACCGACGUCAAGAAGUUUAUGGAUUUAACAAUGCUGACUCACGCUUCUUGUCUAUGGCUGAUCGUCCUGAGGUAUUCGGCUACAUUAAUCGCGAAGACUGGAUCCUGGCUGAUCAGACAGCCACGAAUCGUAUGACCAAAUCUAACGUCGACUUUAUCAACCAACAACUUCUUCUUAAGGAUCCACAUGGGAAACCUAUGCGGGCUGUCAAAUAUAAUGAUGCAUCAGGUCAACCAUAUCCUCAACCACGCUAUAUCAUGUGUAAUCCAUAUGAGGAUUUGGUGCAUGAGGUACAACGACUCCUGGAACUUCCUGAUAUAUCACCAAACGAUAUAAUAGUUCUUUCUCCGUCAGUGCGUGGAGUCUCACCUGCAAUCUAUCUUGCCAAUGAUCUCGCGCUUCGUGAAAUCCCGGUGUUUAGAUCGGAUUCUGACAUCUCAGAAAUCGCACCUGAAGUCGCUCAUGGUAAGGUAUUGAUCUGCACUUAUCAUCAGGCGAAGGGUAUCGAACGCAAGGCUUCGAUUGUACUUGGUUUUGAUCAAGGAUACCAUAAUUUUUAUAAUAAAGUCGCGGAAGACCCCGUUGCUGUCACAAAUCCACAAUACGUCGCCGCCACGCGGGCUCUUGAACAUCUUGUUCUCAUUCAUGCGCAUACAAACUCUCCACUGCCUUUCGUAGACCUGGAUACCGUGGGACAAACAUGCGAUUUAGUCAUGACUCGCAAGCACAAAAUUGAACCUUUUGCCCCUGGACGGCAAAUACCUACAUUCAAGGUCACCGCGCUUUGCCGAAACCUUUCAGAGACUCUUAUAACAGACUGUCUUCGUCGUCUCAAUUUCCAAAUGCUUGCCGAACCUGCUUAUGGAAGCUCCCCACCACCGUCUGAAAUUCGCGACAAGUAUGGUCUUGUCGAGGCUGUAGCAGGUAUUACGGGAACGGCUAUCCCUGCUAUUUUUGAAUGGUAUCUUAAAAGAAGGUUAUCCAUAAUCGCAGCGCCCCUACGACUUCUCUCACCACUCAAAAGACCGACGAAGCGAAGAGAUCCAUUAAGAGAGCUUCCUGAAGCUUAUUAUGAGAAAAUUCAGUCUAUAAAAGACGGUUAUGAUAUCGGGAUGAUCACACCCGGGGACAUAUUGUAUUUGUCAAAUGUCAAUAUGGCAUUAAAAGAUAAGGACAUUACCAAGUUAUUGAGUAUUCCUCUGACGGGAUAUACGUGGCUGACAGAGAAAUACUGUACAUAUAUUAAUUAUGUACUCAAUACAUUAGCAGGCAUCGCCAAGGUACCUGUGCGAGGUAUUUUUUUCGAACGUAUCGCUUUUCACAAAUAUCUUGAAAUUACUCGUGGGGGCGGACCUACAAGGCCGGAAAAGAAAGAAGGUGUCCUUGUGAGCGGAGCUAUGGAUAUAUGUCGUCCAAAAAAAGGCAAAGCCAUCGUAUGGGAAAUCAAACAUUCAGAUUCCCUCUCACCAGAACAUCUACUACAAGUCGCAUUAUACAUGUUACUUCUCGGAGAAUCAGCCUUGGGUUUUCUCGUAUCAGCACGCACGGGUCAAACCGUACAAGUUCUUCCCAAGACGUCGGAUUCCCUGUUGGAAAUUCUGCAAUUGCUGGUAGAUGCUAAAUCGGGAGGUGCACAGUCGAGAUUAUUAAAUACGUAUUCGGAUGAGGAGUUUUUGGGGGAAUGUAGGAGUGAUUUUAAGGGUUUGGUGGGGAAAUGUGCGUUGCCUGCUUGGUUUGCUAUGAGGCCUACAGAGUCGAGGUUUAAAAAGGAAGGGAGGAGGAAGAAGGGUGAGAUGGAUGAUGUUGUGGGUGAUGGGGUUGGAUCUGAGGCUGCGCAGGAGAUUUGA